CAGUAAAACGAAAGCUAUUGAGGAAAAGGAGAAAGAGCAAGAACGAGCACGAGUGCGCGCGAAGAAACCGUGCCGCAGGGAUGGCGGACGCGUCGUCGCCGUCGCUGAAGGCGGCCGCAGAGCCGGGGACCGUGUCGACGCCGCUGCUGCGGCGGAGGGGCUCGUACACGCGGUGCAUGUCGCACGCGCGCGACGAGCUCCGCAGCUUCCGCGCCUGCCUCCGGUGGAUGUGCGUCGACCACUCCGACGGGGCAAGCGCCGCGGCGUCGUGGUCCGUAUUUGCGCUCCUCGCCGUGGCCGUCCCCGCGGCCGCGAGCGUCGCCCUGCCGCGCCGCGCCUACGACACGCAGGUGCAGGCCUCGCUCACGCUCUCUGCCGCGCUCGCCUACGUCACGCUCUUCACCCUCGUCCGCCGCCGCGGCCUGCGCCGCCUCCUCUACCUCGACCGCCUCCGCCACGACUCCCAGGACGUCCGCGCCGGGUACAUCGUCCAGCUCGCCGGCUCCUUCCGCCUCCUCGCUUGCUUCGUGCUCCCAUGCUUCCUCGCCGACGCCGCGUACAAGAUCUUCUGGUACUGCGCGAACCGGCCCUUCCCGGCGUGGUGGUCGGCCGCGGCGUGCGCCCUCGAGAUGGCGUCGUGGAUAUACCGCACGGCCAUGUUCUUCAUGGCGUGCGUGCUGUUCCGUAUCAUAUGCUACCUGCAGAUCCUGCGCAUGACGGGGUUCGCGCGGGACUUCGGCCAGUGCGCCGACGUCGCCGCCGUGCUGAGCCAGCACCGCCGCAUCCGAGUCCAUCUCCGUCGGAUCAGCCACCGCUACCGAAAUUUCAUACUGUCCUGCCUCAUCCUCGUCACGGCAAGCCAGUUCUCCGCUCUGCUCGCCGCCACGAGGCCCCACGCGCAAGUCAACAUCGCCACCGCCGGCGAGCUCGCGCUGUGCUCCAUGAGCCUCGUCACGGGCCUGCUCAUCUGCCUCCACAGCGCGGCCAAGAUCACACACAAGACGCAGUCGAUCACCAGCGUCGCCGCGGCAUGGCACGCCGACGCCACCAUCAACAGCGUGGACCGUGACCAGGAGAACCCCAGGACGCCCAGCAAGGGGUACCUGCAGGCGCCCACGAGCCCCUUCCCGGUGACGAACACCUCGUCCGGCGACGAGUCCGACGACGACGAGUCCCGUAGCGAGGACAGCCUCGAAACGUCAAGGUUCACGUCUUUCCACGUCACCAACAUCUCCUUCCAGAAGAGGCAGGCGCUAGUGACGUACUUGGAGAACAACCGAGGGGGCAUCACGGUGUUCGGCUUCGUCGUCGACCGGACAUGGCUGCACGCUCUGUUCAUGAUCGAGUUCUCACUAGUGAUGUGGCUGCUAGGGAAGACGGUUGGAAUCUCUUGAGGCCAGGCUGUACACCUGUGUAUGAUAUCAAGAAUUUAUCGCUCCUGUGUUGGUCAUAUACUGUAAUGUUCCUUGUAGUCUGUUGUUCUGAAUGUAUAAAAUUGAGU